AUGCGAGUCUUUGUCGGGCUCCUCGUGCCGCUGGUGGCGAGUCAGAACCAGCUGAAUGCCACAACGGUCUGUACAUAUCCCAGGACCUGCUCCACCUUCCUUUCGGACGACUUACCCUGCAUGACGCUGGAGUAUGCGCGGGUGCGGCCUGCGGAGGAGUUUCGAAAUCUUGGCUCGUUGGAGGGAGGACUUCGGGGCAUGGAUGGUCCCGGUCAUCGCUUCUGGCAAUAG